AUGAAAGAUCCACCAGAUCCAGGAAAAGACGACAGGAUCAUAGAUAGGAGAGAAUUCAGGGCUCCUCCACCACCUCCUCCCCCUCCGAGACGUGAAGAUCAUGGUAGAUAUCCGAUUGACCGCAGAAGAGACGAUUCUAGAGAUGAUUAUUACUCAUCCAGAAGAGAUAGAGACAGAGACUUCUAUUCAAGUCGAGACAGAAGGGAUCAUGGACGAGGUUACAGUAGGUAUGAUGACCGAGAUUAUCGUAGAAGUGAAAGAGAUUUUGGCGCAUACGACCGUCAUUCAGAAUCAUAUGAUUUACGUGAUUCACGAAGCUUUAGAGAGAGAACUCCUAUUGUUAUUAUCAAUAAUACAUCGACAAGUACUUCAUCAGACAAUUUAACUGCUCCAACUCCUCCUUCUACAACAGUUCAGAUCAUAGACAACAGAACAUCAUCUAGCAAACCAGUUAUAAUCGAACGUCGUGGCCAUUUCUUCCAUGACGAACGCGAAGGAUUACGUUUUCCGAGGGAUGAAUACGACACAAGCUCAGAUCAUACGCCAAAUCCACCUCAUCGUAGUUACUCGCCAAGGGUCAUACCAGAUGACUUAAUCGCUCCUGUCCCUGCAAAGAAACAAGAACUAAAUAUGAAAAUCUCAAGGGCACCACCAUAUUCUACAUUCCUCCUCAUUACCACCAAAGGAUUCCUCCUCGGAAUUUUCCUUGAUCACUUUCUUUCAGAAAGUGGAACAAUCGAAAGAAUAAGCAGAUUAAGUUACACGGCUUUGUUUGUCCAAUUUAAGACACAUACGAUCACUUGCCAUGCCUGGGGAAGAAUGAUCAGGAACAAAAAGUUCAAUGUUCGCGUUAGACACUACGAAUGCCAAAUUGCGCCUGAACAAUACGUGAACAGCUUGAUCGCGACAAGAAUCAAAGACGCAGAAACAUUUUUCGAUCCUCCAAAGAUCCUUGUUCUCCACAAUUUCGAUAAAGAUAGCGAAGCUGCCAAUUUCUUCCAGCCAUUCACCGAUUUGGGGCUUACGAAAUGGACCAAAGAAGGUGCUAAUUACAUUACUUAUCAUACAACGCUUGCUUCUUUCAAAGAUUUCUAUUCCGCGUUCAAUGAAGGCAACGCAGGCCUUCCUAACACAUAUGUCACCGAGAUUUUCAAUACAGUCAAGCUCAAACAAGAGGUUUUCAACAUCAUUCGUAAGAAACUCAUCGUUGAAUGCAUGCAAGACUGCAAUCAGAUGCUAAUCGACGACGUUUACAUACACACGCUUAACCGUGUUCGUUUUUACAAUGAGAAGAUUGCUCCUAACCUUAGCAAUAUCGUUAAGAGACCUUCGAAAACAGGAAAACUUCUUAAUUUCGUUAUGUCGAGGACACCGAUCAACUUUAGGUUAAGUCCAGCCACUACAAUACUUGAUAUCCUUAGCAAAGUCAAGAAAGUUACUAAGGAAAGAAAGGCUAUUACGAUGAAAAAGAAUCCUGUCAAGUUCCAAGAGAAAAUCAAGGAGAAAAUGACAGAAAAACUCAAGACAAUCGAGUCAAUAAAGCAGCCGGACCUCUCUGGACCUUGCAGCAGAUUAUCUGCCAUCCGACCAAUUAAAGAAAGUCGAAAGCGCGAAUAUUUGAGAGCAUACGCUAGAGCCAGACUUCAACCGCUGGUCGUUGCCCGCGAUAGUGGCCUGAAAAUCAGACAAACGCAAUUCCCAGCUCCGAAACUCAUGAUGCAGAGAAGAGGAGCGGCCAAUAACCAGAUGAGAAGAGGUAUCAACGGAAAGAGGGUCUAUUUCGAGAAAUCUACGAUCCAAGGCUACGGAUUAUUCGCAUUAGAGCCAAUCUCCUCGGAUUCUUUGAUUUGCGAGUACAAUGGCGAAUUAAUCAGGUCAAGGAUCGCUGAUUUAAGAGAAAAGCAGUACGAACAGCUCGGAUUUCCGCAUAUGUUCUUAUUCAGAAUCGACAAUGAUACCGUUGUCGAUGCCACAAUGAGAGGUGGCAAGAGCAGAUUCCUCAACCACAGUUGCCAUCCAAAUUGCAGAUCAAAGAUUAUUAAUGUCGGAAAAACUCAGACAAUCUCCUUCUACGCCAUCAGAAACAUCAAGCCACACGAUGAAAUCACCUUCAACUACCAAAUGGAGUUCGAAGAUCGCUCUAAAAGAGAAAGAUGUUAUUGCGGCGCAAAACAAUGCCUUGGAUACCUCAACUACUGCGCGGAUCCUGAGAUCAGGAGGCAGAGAGAACACCAGGCAUACUUGGAAUGGCUUGAGGCUCAGGAAGACAUGAAGAAUCCAGAUUUGUAA